AUGCACGCCAUCACUCUCGCAACCGUCCUCGCCGGCGUACUCAACGUCGAAGCGUCCCCGCUUCAACAUGCCAAGCGCGUUCUCAUGGGUCGUCUAGAUGACGGCGCCCACGAGAUCGAACACAAGUUCCAGCCUCUAACUGACUUUGACACGGAUGGCUGUUACUAUACUUCAGCCAUCGACAAGGAUGGUAAUACCAACCGUGGCCUGAGCCAGAAGGAUGUUUACUUCAAGGGCCUUGCUGCUGAUUGUCGUGACCCUAACCGACUGGAGAACAACAACGUUUACAGCCGGCGCCGUUGCAAUAAUGGCUGGUGUGCCAUCAUGUACGAGUACUACUUUGAGAAAGACCAGAUUGUCUGGGGCACUAUUGGUGGUGGCAUCGGCAACGGACACACUCACGACUGGGAGAACAUUGUAGUCUUUGUUCAAGGCGAAGACGUCAAGCGCGUCGCUCCCUCAUGCCACGGCGACUACGAGCACGCCACCAACGAACCCCGUCUCGAUGGUCAGCGCGCCAAGGUUGUCUACCACAAGGAUGGUGCUGAGACGCACUGCUGGCGAAUGGCCAACGAGGCCGAUGAUCAGGUCGAGAACUACACUGGCCAAUGGUUCAUCGGUAACCUUGUUGGCUGGGAUAACUGGCCUGUUGUCAAUGGCCGAUCUCUCCGGGACUACCUCUUUGACGCCUGGAACGGUGGUGUUGGGCCCAAGUUCUGGGACAAUGAGAACAAGUUCACUGAUAACUUGAGAAAGGCUGCUGGUGAUGGUGUUCCUGGGUUCGAUCCUGCCGUCGAUGAAUAA